GAUCUCGCCCGUUUUGUGAAAUGUACUAAAAUCCACCCUUAUAGCGGCUCAGCUCAGUUGGCUAAGAGAGCUGCCGUUGAGCAGUUCAGUAAACGCGAAAAACACGUUAGUCGAGUUUUAUCAGUUAAAUGUGAAAUUUGCAUGUUAUUUAAUAUGUAAAAAAUAUAUUAAAAGUUUGAGUGAUUUUGAAAGCAUUACGAGCAAUUGCUUAAUCAAAAAAAAAUAUCAAAACCAAUAAAAAAUUGCAAACAAAGUGAUAGAAAAAUAUUGAAAAUUUUAAUAAAAAAAGGGUUAAUAAAAAUUUGCAGUGUGUUGCUUUUUACUAAAAAGUUAUAAAUGAAAAUGAAAUGCAAAAUAUUUUUGCUCAAAUAUAAAUAUAAAAUUGUGUCAAGCCCUUAAGGCAAAUUAAAAAACAAUAAAAUUUAUUUGCUGAAAGCAACGAUUAAACAAUUUUAAUUUAAAAAAAGGCUCAUAAUAAUAUAAGUGUAAAAUAUCUGAAUGUCAAACUAAAGUCAGUCACUCUGAUAAAAGCAAAAACAAUAACUCAUCUGCAUACUACAUUGUCAAGCUUGAAAGGAAAUAUUGCAUAUUUAUGACGAAAACAAAACAACCGUAACUAAAUGAUCGAAAUCAAUUAAUAUCGAUAUACAACAAACAUUUACAAAGAUCACGUCGAAACCACAGCAGCAAACCGCAAAUAAAGGCACGCUUCGAGAUGCGUAUUAGUUUGCCCGCCGAUCUGCUGAGCACAGCAUUUGAGGCAAGAAUGGCUUUGCACGCACACAGCAUCAACACGGUGCGCUCGACCACCAGCUUGAGCAACAUGAUGAACAGCAACAGCAAUGAUCUGGCCAAUGGCAACAACGAUCGACGUCAUAUUGUUGACAUACUGGUUGGUGUUGUUGCAGUGCCGGUGCUAAUACUUUUCGCACUGCAGUUGGAAAAGAAUCUACAAAAUAUGACCAACAGUCCGUGGUUGGUAUUUGUGCUGGGCGUGGGCCUACUGAUGGUAAUCAUGAUCAUUAUCGGUUAUGUGACACAUCGUUUGAGCGUCUGCUGUUGGACGGGACCGAUCGAUGAGUUGGGCAAUCGCACGGAUGGACGCGGCAUGCCACAUAUCAACACACAAAAUGAUAUAUUGCGCAUCUUGGACAGCCUGCCGCCCAGUUAUGACACGGUGGUGAAGCAUGAAAUUCCGCCACCACCCUACGAUUGUGUCAUUGUCAAUAUGGAGCAGAGCAAGGAGCAACAAGCCCAACAGACUGUGAACACCGUUGCAACUACAAGCAACUCUGCCCCAGAGGCUGGUGCCAAACCGACAACAGCAACUAACGCGACUGUGCUACAUAUUUAAGUAGAGCUGGCAGUUCUCCAAGUUUUUUGAAAAAUAAGGCGCUCUUGCAGAACGGCUAGCAAUUAGCUUUAUGGAGAGAGAAAUCAAAGAGAUCGACACCUUUGCAGCAAAUUUGAAAUAAUAAGACAAUACUAAAGUAGUCAAUAAAUUUAAUAGAUAGGGGUCAAUCACCAGAAACAUAACGUGUACUGCCAGCAUGUUUUUCAAAUUUCCAAUUGAGCACUUUACAAUUCUUAAUGAAACGCUUUCUAUUACCGUUCAUUUGCGCAAAAGGCAGGCUUUGCAGAGGAUUCACAAACACACACACACGCUUUUCGGGCUGCUUGGUAGUCUUUUCUUAACUCGUAUUAAACUGUGGCCCUAAGAAUUCAAUAUUUUUCCAUCGCACAGAUUUUGAAGAAUCUGCAACUGAUGCGUAUUUAAACUGUACUUCGGACUUUAAACUUAGUUGAGCUAUGCAAUAUGAAAUAUUGCUAUAACUUUUAAUCAAAUACCUAUUUACAGUAUAAUAAAUAUAAGGUUAUAGUUUUUUUUAUACAAACUAAACUGGUUUUCAAAGAAAACUUACAGUUUAUAUUUUUCAUAAAGUUUUGUCUGAAAAUUUUUAAUUUACCACUUAACAAUAUUUUAAAACUUAAAUUAACAAAAAAAAAAACAUUAGGCUAAGUUCAUUGCGCUUCAUUGUAAAUAUCCCUCAACAGCAUCUAGUCGGAAGUACUACUUAUUUAUCUUUAAACCAUUUGCUAAUAAAUAAUUUUAAGCAACGAAAAGCAGCAUUUAAAAUGUAAUGAUGAUUUAUCAGCACAGAAGAUAUAGUAAAUAAGUAUAAGCUAGUUUGUAAAACGAUAAAAGUAUAAUGAGAAAUAUGCAUUAAGUGAAAAAAAUAAAAUAAAGCAAUCGAAAAUAUUCAGAAAUUAAAUAUCAAAAAAUA